GCGGCUGCAACGCCUUCGUCGCGCUUCCCAUUGCCAUAUGGUGCUUCCUUUUCUCAAUGGUGGUCGACGACGGGUCAGUCCUCGCUCGCGGUACAGCAGCAAAUCCUGGCUGCGAGCGCCUCCUUCUUCACUACGCCUGACCACAGGACUGCCUCACAGCAGUUCUUCCAGCUGUCGGGCAAGAGUCGCUUUCUCAAUGAGAUACACAUCCGUCGGACACAGAGCGCUUCUUCGGAGCUGCCGAGAGACAAUAAUAUUGUGAUGCUGCAUGGCUACGGCGCUGGUCUUGGAUUUUACUUUCGCAACUUCGAUGGGUUGACCAAGUCGCUCGUCAAUCGCUACGACUUCUUUGCUCUCGAUUGGCUUGGUAUGGGACUCUCUUCGCGGCCACCCUUCCGUGUACGUGCCAAAGAUGCAGCAAGCAAGAUUACCGAAUCAGAGUCCUUCUUCCUCGACAGUCUUGAGGAGUGGCGAAAGGAACGGAAAUUGGAAAAGAUGACACUCGUCGCACACAGUCUUGGUGGUUAUCUUGCGGUACGGUAUGCCAACAAGUACCCAGAGCGUGUCGAGAAGCUUGUGCUUGUGUCACCCGUGGGUGUUCCAAAGAAUCCCUACGAGAAGACUGAGCCUGGGCCUGUCCUCAAUGUCGAUGAUCCGGGAUCCAAGCUUGCGAAUGAGUUCCAGCCAAUUGACAAGGAACUGCCGAAACAACCACUCCCGCGCUGGGUAACGACUUUGUGGGACAUGAAUUUUUCCCCCUUCUUGUUCGUUCGGUGGGCAGGUCCACUUGGGCCAAAGCUCGUUUCUGGUUGGACUGGUCGGAGAUUUGCACACAUCUCCAACGAGCAGCAGACACUCCUACAUGAUUACGCCUAUGAGAUCUUCAAGCGGAAAGGAUCAGGCGAGUAUGCACUCGCUUACCUGCUAGCACCCGGUGCGUUUGCCCGGAGUCCGCUGAUGCAGGUCAUUCCAACAAAGAUGCCAGUGCUCAUGCUUUAUGGUGAUCGUGACUGGAUGGAUGAAGCAGGUGGCCGGGAAGCGGCCAAGCUUGCGAAUGCAAAGGGUGGCAGCGUCGAGGUGGUGCAAAUCAGCGACGCUGGUCACCACUGCUACCUCGACAAUCCUGUAGAGUUCAAUCAGGUGGUC